AUGCUUGGGUAUGACAUUAGCUGGGCCGUGUUUAACAUUGUGGAAGUUAUGAGUUCUCAAAAGUUUACAUUUAAACGCAUCGGAUAUUUGGCUGCUUCCCAGAGCUUUCACUCUGGCACAGAUGUUCUUAUGCUUGCCACAAAUCUUAUUCGCAAGGAUUUGACGAGCGCAAAUUUGUAUGAUGCUGGUAUUGCAUUAUCUGGCAUCGCUUGUUUCAUUAAUACAGAUCUUGCUACAGAUUUGUACUCUGAUAUUAUGGGUCUAAUGAACUCUCCGAAACCAUACUUACGUAAGAAGACUGUAUUAUUGCUGUACAAAGUUUUCUUGAACUAUCCUGAAGCACUUCGUAUUUGUUUUCCACAGCUGAAAGAUAAACUUGAUGAUCCAGAUGCAGGUGUACAGUCCGCGGCUGUUAAUGUUAUUUGUGAAUUGGCUCGUAAAAAUCCGAAGAAUUACCUCUCUCUUUCACCUAUAUUUUUCAAACUUAUGACCACAUCAACUAAUAACUGGGUCCUUAUCAAAAUCAUUAAACUGUUUGGUACGUUAACACCUUUGGAGCCUAGAUUAGGCAAGAAGCUAAUCGGACCUUUAACAAGUCUAAUUCAUAGCACUUCGGCUAUGUCACUGUUAUAUGAAUGUAUAAAUACAAUUGUUGCAGUGCUAAUUUCAAUAUCUUCUGGAAUUCCUAGUCAUCAAGCUUCUAUACAGCUAUGUGUUCAGAAGCUACGUAUCUUGAUCGAAGACUCAGAUCAAAACUUAAAAUAUCUGGGAUUAUUGGCAAUGCGAAAGAUUUUAUUAUAUCAUCCACAAAGUGUUCAACCGCACAAAGAUUUAAUAUUAAGCUGCUUAGAUGAUAAAGAUGAAUCUAUCAGACUGCGUGCAUUGGAUUUACUCCAUGGAAUGGUAUCUAAGACAAAUUUAACAGAUAUUGUUAAACAUUUAAUGAUUCAUAUCAGCAAUAUGUCAGCUGGUACGCAUUAUCGUAAUGAGUUGUUGAACAAAGUUGUUUAUAUAUGUUCACAAGAUAAUUAUCAUUAUGUUACAUCAUUUGAAUGGUAUGUUACUGUUCUUGUGGAGUUAGCUAGUAUUGAUGGGAUUCGAAAUGGUGAACUUUUGGCAGCUCAACUUAUGGAUGUUGCAAUUCGUGUACCAACUGUUAGAGCAUUCUGUGUUGAACAGAUGGCAAUAUUAUUGGAUUUGAGUCAUUCUUUGACAAAUGGGGCACAACAAAAUGCUAUUCAAGAAACACUUCGUGCUGCUGCAUGGAUUUGUGGUGAAUAUGCAAAUAGCCUUACCAAUCCAGAACAAACAUUGAAUUCAAUUAUUUCGAUUGCACUUGAAAUACCUGGAUUACCUUGUUCAAUUCAGGCUAUCCUUUUAUUUAAUGCCUUUAAAAUAUACAAUAUUGUUAUCAAAAAUUUAAUCAACAAAACUGUUGAAAAUAUAUGUACACCAUCUGUAAAUACCAAGUUGAAUGGGGAUAGUGAACAAUUAAUAAUGAAUAUUAAUCAUAAUAUUGAUAAUGUUGAACAGUUUGAAGAAUUGAAAACUGUACAAGAUUUAAUUAUUCAUCUUAUAGAAUUAACAAAUUUUCUUAUGCGUAAAUUUACUCAUUAUAUUCAUUCAUCAGAUUUAGAAGUUCAAGAAAGGGCUGUAUCAAUUCAUCAACUUUUGAGCUUGGUCACAAAACGUUUGACAAAGAUUGAAUCAUUUUUAACUACCUCAUCAGCUGUACCACAUCCUGAUUCAUCAAAACCUGUCUUGAAAAAUCAUCCUCCAAUUACGUCACCUAGUCACCAGUCAUUGAAUAAUCUUGAGAGUCAACUUCAGAGGUUACCACCUUCAGGUCUUGCUGUCACUAAUACUCCUAUUAAUGUCAGUACAGGUGACAAUGAUGAUACACCAUCACGACGCAGUUCAAUGCAAAAGGAAACUUUACCUACAAUCACAUCUGCAUUAUCACCGUCUGUAGUGCUUAAUUUAAUUCAGUUAAUUACAGAUGAAUUGAAUGCGUUGUUCGCUGGUGAAAUUAUCCCAGUAGCACCGAAAGCACAGAAAAAAGUUCCGAUUCCUGAGGGACUGGACUUAGAUGCUUGGAUAAAUCCACCUGCUCCAGUUCGUAAACAACCAUGGAGAAAUACUGUAGAUUUUAUUGGGCUUUCAAACAAGUCGGUAAAUGAUGAUCAUUCUAUGCAUUGGAAUAAGGAAUUGAACAACACAGAAGGUGAUAUAUUCACUGAUCUACAGGACUGUAAACCCCAUUCUGUUCAGUUGACACCUGAAGAGUUGGCUGAAAUGCGUUCAAGGCGGCUGCAAAACCAAGAAAACAAUCCUAAUUAUCUGAAACCAAUAAAUCUAAAGAAGAACAAUGUACCCCAAUCAGAAGAUUCCUUGACUGGACAACAUCGAGAUGCUAUUAACUCAGAUAGCCCUAGUAUAACUGGAAAGGCAAAAACAACAGGGGAUCAACGCUUUCAAACACCAAAUAUUGGGCGCACACUGGCUACAUCCGAUCAGUUUGCAGCUGACAUACGUAAACGAUUUCAAACUAUCGCUUCUAAUGAUAAUCGUAAAUUAAGAUCAACAGGGGAUAAAUUGAAGAAAUCUCGUCAGAAAAACCAUUCUACUUUAACAAUUGAUUCGAAAGCAGUAAAUGUUAUUGAAAAAUUAGGUGAAGAGAAUGAAGUGAAUCAUAUCAAAGAUAAACUUGCUGCUUCACAUAUUGUUCGUUGUGAAUAUGAUAUGCCUGAGGGAGUUUCAAUUGAAAAUGAAUUGUUAACUGAUCCUGAAGACACCAGUGACCCACAUCAUCGUUUAAAUAUUGUACUAGAUGAUUUUAUUACACAAGAAAAUAAACCAUACGCUUCUACAUCAUCUCGGUUGGCUAAACAUUCAAUGAAGCAUAAGAAUUCAUCAAUAAAAGCAUCAAAAUUAUCCGUUAAAAAUCAGGAAACGGAUAAAGAAGGUAAAGAAAAAGUCAAUCAUCAUGAAUCAGUCCAUAAAUUAGAGUUAUCAGAGGAUUUCAAUAAUAACAAUUUAUUGGAUCAUGAUAAGGCUGAUGAAGCAACACCUCGUUCUGGUUACAUAGCAUUUGAUUCCGAUAUGAAACAGUCUAAGAAAUCAUCGAAGACAACACAUUCCAAGACAUCCCUAACUUCUAGUCGAGAUAAUAAUAACGAUUAUCAGUGUCAUGACAGCUCAAUAUCAUCUUUCCAAUAUGAUGAACUAAUAACCAACAAUACUUUUGUGUCUAAAAGUCAAUACUGUAUUUCUUCAACAAUGAACAAUGAGAAAUUUACUACCCUUUUAUCCUCUGGUAAAUUGAAUGCUUCCCAAUCUACAAAAAUUCAAUGUCCUAGCCUGUUGUCAUUGAUUCGUACAUCAGUAAAGCAUAAUUCAUCAUCAUUGAUAAACACGAACAAAAUUUUUACUCAAAUCAUAUCUAUGCUUGAGAAGAAAGUUCCAUGCUCAAUUAUUGAAUUACUGGAUAAUCGCGCUGCUUCAUUCUAUACAGAAGAUAAUCUACUUAAAGAGCCUUUAUGCAUUUUAAUGAAAAUAUCUUUUACUACUGGUUCAGUUCGAAUGGAUAUCCGGUCAAUAUCUCAAGAGACAGUACAAUCAUGUAACUUAUGCUUAAUAAAUCUAUUCAAACAGUUGACAAUUGAACUGUAA